UUCGGGGGGGGGGGGGUUCAGUGGGCCGGGCACCCGUUUGAAGCCCAGAGCAGGCCCGCUUGUAAGAGGGUUGUGUGAGGGCCGGGCUGAGGUGAGGGCUUUGAAUGGGCCCGUUUUCAAAAGGAUUUUCUCUUCUCUUUGUUCAUCUAAACACUAAAAUUUUCCCCAAAUUAAAAACCCUAAAAUUUUCCCCAAAUUAAACCCCAAUUUUCUCUAAAAUUUCGAGGCAUCAUUCAAGCGGAAGCUUGUAGUUUAAUCAUCGAACCAAUCUUCAUCAGUGUUGAAAUCCUCGUUUCUUGCUACCAGAAGCGAAGUCUCGAAGACUCGAACUGUCGAACAGCAGAACUGCAGAAGAAGCGAACACAGAACGCCGAGAACGGAACUGUCGACCGGAGAUUCACGCACGGCCACCCACCGCCGACUCACCGACUUCCGGCCUUCCGAUUCACGCACGGCCAACCAGGCAACCAUAAAUCAGUUUAUCAUUCAUCAUAGAAAACAAAAUGGCAGGAGACAGUGAAACCCGAGCCUGCAAAAACUCUUUCGAGCUGCUCUCCUCCUUUGUUGACACUUUUGUUGACUUCUCUGUCAGCGGCCUCUUUCUUCCCCCUCCUCCAAAUUCUAACCCAAAUAAGCCAUUGCGAACCUUCUAUCCUUCACCAGACCGCCUCAUUGCUGUUGGGGACAUCCAUGGAGACUUCGAUAAAUGCAAGCAAUCUCUCCUUCUUGCCGGAAUUAUUGAUGCCACCGGAAAUUGGUCUGGGGGAUCUUCUACAGCUGUGCAAAUUGGGGAUGUCCUAGAUCGUGGAAGCGAUGAAAUAAGGAUCCUCUACUUUCUCGAGAAACUGAAGCGUCAAGCAGAGAAAUCUGGUGGGCAAAUUAUCACCAUGAAUGGAAAUCACGAGAUUAUGAACAUUGAUCGUGAUUUUAGAUUUAUUACGAUUGAUUCUUUGAAAGAAUUUUCAAAUUGGGCAUUUUGGUAUAAUGUUGGGAACUCAAUGAAAAAAUUAUGUCCUGGAGUAGUUGAUUUGCCAAAUGAUCCAUUUUGUGGUGUUCCAGUUGAAUUUAAGGGUGUUAGGAAGGAAUUUCAUGAUGGAUUUAGGGCUAGAAUUGCAGCAUUGCAGCCGAAUGGGCCAUUGAGUACUCGGUUCUUGGCAAAUAAUGUGACUGUUCUGGUGAUGGGAGAGAAUGUGUUUGUUCAUGGGGGUUUGUUAGCAAAUCAUGUCAAUUAUGGAUUAGAGAGGAUAAACGAGGAGGUGAAGGAUUGGAUUAAUGGGGUUAGGGGGGAAUUGUGGAGAGAUAUCGGGAGGGGGAGGAACUCGAUGGUCUGGUUGAGGAGGUUUUCACACGAGUUAGCUGAGAGUUGCGACUGUGAAGCACUUGAGCAUGUUCUUAGUACGAUUCCUGGAGUGAAGAGAAUGAUAAUGGGGCAUACCAUCCAAGGAAAAGGGAUUAAUGGUGCUUGUGAGGGCAAGGCGAUUAGAAUUGAUGUGGGUAUGUCAAGAGGUUGUAUUAAUGGAUUGCCCGAGGUUUUGGAGAUCACUAAGAAUUCAGAGGUUCGGGUUCUGACAGCUAAUCCUGCUUACUGGGAUAGUCAUGGUGCUAGAGUUAUGAGAAGUGGUGGGAGAGAAGGGCUUGGUCUAUUGCUCGAAGAGGGUAGACGCAAGCAAGUUGAAGUCAGAGCUUGAUUUUUAUUAAUGAUCUCAAGAAAGACAAUGUUGCUCGUGGAGGAUAGACAAAGGCAAGUAGAUAAUUGAGCUUCGUUGAUAGUCAUUCUAGAAAUUUGUUUUCUGCAUUUGUGAAAGGACAGAUUGAUGAACUAGAAUUGAGCAGAGUUUGGAGGAGCGUAUACCUAAUGAAUCAAUAUAUUAAACAUUGAUUUCUUGUGAAUUGUUGAAUUUUAGCAUUUGGUGAUUAGUACAGUGCAAUUAAUGCUCAUAAUCUGGAGCAUGUGUUAACUCAGUGACCUAUGUUUAUCCUCCAAGUGUUUGAUAUUAUGAUGUUAGCACUUUAUAGAUUGGAGAAUCUGCGUAAAGUUGCUUCUUUCUGUAAAUCUCCUGUUUCCAGUGAACUCCCGUUCUGAGUAACUGUUUUGUCUAAAUAAUGAUUAUUGAGAAAUUUUAUUGUUA